AUGCCACCCUUGACCAGAGUCGUUAUAGCCAGUGUCAUCUGCUUGUGCCUGGUGUCCUCGGGGAUGGGCUGUGGACCGGGUAGGGGCUACGGCAGGAGAAAACACCCCAAGAAGCUGACACCUCUCGCCUACAAGCAGUUCAUCCCUAACGUGGCGGAGAAGACCCUCGGGGCAAGCGGGCGCUACGAAGGCAAGAUCACGCGUAACUCGGAGCGAUUUAAAGAGCUGACUCCCAAUUACAACACAGACAUCAUAUUCAAGGAUGAAGAGAACACCGGCGCCGACAGGCUGAUGACCCAGAGAUGCAAGGACAAGCUCAACUCCCUCGCUAUCUCCGUCAUGAACCAGUGGCCGGGGGUGAAGCUGCGGGUCACGGAGGGCUGGGACGAGGACGGGCACCACUUCGAGGAGUCGCUCCACUACGAGGGCAGGGCCGUGGACAUCACCACCUCGGACAGAGACAAGAAGAAAUACGGCACCCUGUCCAGGCUGGCGGUGGAAGCCGGAUUUGACUGGGUCUACUACGAAUCCAAAGCCCACAUCCACUGCUCCGUCAAAGCAGAAAACUCCGUGGCGGCGAAAUCGGGCGGAUGCUUCCCGGGCUCCGCUUCCGUCACCCUGCAAGACGGCAGCAAGAAGCAAGUUCAAAACCUCCGGCUGGGCGACAAAGUCCUGGCCGCCGACGACGCGGGAAACCCCAUUUACACCGACUUCAUCAUGUUCCUCGACCGGGAGCCGGCGGCGAGGCGGCUCUUCUACGUGAUCGAGACCGAGGGCGGGCAGAAGAUCACGCUGACCGCCGCGCACCUCCUGUUCGUCGGGCACAACGCGACGGGCGACCUCCGCGCCAUGACGCCCGCCUUCGCCAGCCGAGUCACGCCCGGCCAGAGGGUGCUGGUCCUCGACCAGGCGCGAAACCGGCUCACCCCCGUCGCCGUGACACGGAUUUACACGCGGGAGCACGAGGGCUCCUACGCGCCCGUGACCGCCCAAGGAACCAUCCUGGUGGAUCAGGUGCUGGCGUCGUGUUACGCGGUCGUCGAAGACCACCAGCUGGCGCACUGGGCCCUGGCACCUGUCAGACUCAACCACUGGCUGUCCUCGUUGCUUUUCCCGGGGCGGCAGCAGCAGCAGCCCCAGCAGCAGCAGCCCCAGGCCGGUGCCGCGCCGCAGAAGGACGGGGUGCAUUGGUACUCCAAGAUUUUAUAUCAAUUAGGAACAUGGCUCCUGGACAGCCACUCGAUCCAUCCACUCGGAAUGUCGAUGUACCCCAGUUGAAACCUCCACCCAACGGGAGCAGCAAACGAGACUAAUGUAGGACAAUGAACCCCAUACAGUAGAUUAAAAAAAAGAAAAACACAAAAAAAACACAAAAAACAAAACAAAAAAGAAAGCAAGAAAGAAAAAAAAAGAGAGAGAAAAGACAAAGGCCCCCCAGCGGAGUUGGGAUAUUUAUUUCAGUGACUUUUACAUGAUGUGUCCCUUUCAAGCAAACAAAGAAUGAAUGAAUGAAUGGAGCCUUAAAAAGUUUUCUUUGAAUAAUUUAUUCUCAUGCGAACUCGCCGGUCUCACACGGACGGAUUUCGGACUCGGUGUGAGCCGCAAAUUGUGCAUAAUCUAUUUUUGUACGUGUCUCGAGCA